UUGAUAAUUAACGGAACACCCCCAAAAAACAUUUACCUUUAUUUGUAUAUAUUAUAUGUGGAAAGGAAGACGGUCAACGUGAAAGAGUAAGAAAGUUUCUAACGUACUGCAAGGGUGUCGUUGAUCAAGUGUUGUUAAUAAUAAGUUGUUUGGGGUUUUUUUAUAUCAAAAUGCUAUAUUUACCUGCAAGAUUGUGCCAUGCCGUAAUUUGGAUUGGACUUUUUGUUUCCGCGAAUGGACAAGAACAGAAGGGAAGUAGGCUGCUGGAAAAACUCAAUGUUCAGCCCGAAUAUCCACCGCCUUCUCCAUCACCACCAUCACAGAAUAUGCCGCCAACAGGUCUGCCAGACAGUAAUCUAACUAGCACACCUGCACCUACAAACACAGAUAGAAUGGCAUCUAUCAGACAAUUUGAGAAAAGGGAGAAGCAACAGGUAAUUCAGGAAGAGAGUGCGCGAAAGAGGAAAUUGCAGAAACAGAGACGGGAGGAACAGAGACUAAUAGAUCAGGGACUCAUGGGAUGGCGGGCACAGUUUCUAAAUAAGAAAAGACUCAUGGGACUGAGAUGGCGGGACCAUAGAGAUCCGCGAGAACAGAAACGGGAGGAAAAGAGACUGAAGGAACAGAGACUAAAGGAACAGAGAUUCCUGGAACAAAAACUGCAUGAACAGAAACCACUGAAACUGGAAUUUGAUGAACAUAAAUUGCAUGAAAAAAAACUGCGAGAACAGAAACUACUGGAACAGAAACGGGAGGAACAGAGACUGAAGGAACAGAGAUUGCAGGAACAAAAACUGCGAAAACAGAGACUCCUGGAACAGAAACUGGAGGAACAGAGACUGAAGGAACAGAGAUUGCAGAAACAAAAACUGCAAGAACAGAAACUUGAGGAACAGAGGUUGCAUGAACAGAGAAUGGAAGAACAGAGACUACAGGAACUGAGACUUCAUGAACAGCGACAACAGGAAGAGAAGCUACAGGAAAAACGACUGCAAGAACUUAGACUGCAGGAUCAAGGGUUGUCUCACAAUCUUCGGCAUAUAGUCAAAGGUCAAAUGAACCCCGGCCAAAUUAUUCCUGGAAAAGACAACGGGAGGUCCAUAUUUGGUCAAAGCGAUGGUAUCCAGGAUCGUCCAUCAGACACUCUGAUUGAAUAAGUUGAUUUAGGCGAAUGAAAUUCAGGUGUAGCAAAUGCAGCGGUUUAAUCUACUAGGUGAUCUCUCAUCAAAACUAAAAAAUGGAGCUCUACAUUAACAUUUUAAUCCACUUCAGGAAUGAAUAGGGAUAUUACUUGUCCUAACCUUAUAUGAACUUGUCUUGACCAUUCAACCUUUUUCAUCCCAAAUAUUUAGUAUUUAUAAAUGAUUUGUAACAACAUUAAAUAAUUAAAAAACAAUUCAAGUAUGUUCACCUACAUUUAUGAGUUAAAUUUUGAGUAGUAUGAGGGGGUCUGCUUUUGUAGCGGAUAAUUCGGUUGAUAAAAAGGUCUACCAUAAUUUGCAGAUUACAGACGAUCGUUGUCUAUGUAAACUACCACAUGUGAGAUUCGUCAAAGAACUAUGUAAUAUCUCUAAUUUUCUACGAUCUUAAAACGAUUCCCCAACAGUUAAGGUUCAUUUAAAGAUACUUCUAUUUUUUAUAUCUCGCAUUUAUUAGACUUGACCUCUAGGCCGAUUCGACAGGGAUACUUGUUGACAACUUUCAAUGGAAAAGGGUCUAUGAAAAAUAUUUUAGAUUGUAAACAAAGUGAAUACUUAUCAAAAAACAUUUCUUUCAAUUUUCCUUAAUAUAUAUUGUAAAGCAACAGUUUUGAUGUAUGUGUAUAGUUAAACGAUCGAUAUAUAACAUGUUUUAUUUCGUACUGGUCGCUGGUUAGGCGCAGCGGAUGUUUCCGUUUGUCAAGGGAAACACUGCGCUUAAAAAUCGCUAAAUAUUCACGCGCAUACCUGUCGGAUAUUUAACAAUAAGGAACACAGGGAUCAAGUCAGAAGUUUAGAAGUGCUAGGUUAUUUAUUUCAGUUGAUUGAGCUCACAAGCCAUAGGGCAUCCAUUAUGUGGCGAUGGAAGACCUUUACAAUAAUAUAGUAUUUAUUGCCUGUAAAGACAAUUAUGUCAAUUCAUUACCAUUUUGAUAUUGAAUUCAACUUCAUUGCAUUAUAUUUCUAUACUUAUAUUUAAUGUAAUAUGUUUAUAAUGACGAGACACUAUGUAUAUUUAAGUCGAUACAAGCUCUGCCCCGUUCUGUUCUGUUUAUAAACUCAAAGAACGCCAUUACGCACCUUGUUAUCAACCUUACGUGCAUGGAAUACUUUUAACAUACAUGUAUGUCCAAAACUUGCUCCACAGACAUUUACCGCGAAAUGAUUUAUUAGUUCCCAAUCGGACGGUGGGGUGAACAUGUAUUAUUGAACCUUUAACGUGUUUCUGUUAACAUUGGGCUAUCUUGUUAUAAUAGUUAUACAUCAAUUCAUGUUAUUUCUGCUUAUUUCACUGACUUAUAUGAAUGUUUAAACCUAUGUUUACCCUCAUUUGAAUUAUGAUAAAUAUAUAUUCACAUUUAACCUAUUUAGCUGCGUCUUAAGUGUCUUUCAUUAAAAUUCGUCUUUUUCCUCUGAUACAUAUAUUACAAUUUACCACGCAAAACAAAGUCUUUACGGCUCGAUUUCGAUGACGUGCACUUCCGGUUAAAUAUUGACAUCGCCGAACAAUGUGACGUUGCAAGUAACAUUGGUUUUUAUUUUUGCUAUCAUAUAUUUAGAGCUAAUUUUUAUUUUAAGUCAUAUUGUACCUCAGUCCUUUAUAUAGAGGACAAAUACACAAAAGGUGGUACUGAUUCAACCGUAUUUGUAUUACAUAGUUUACAUUUUCUGUUCCCUCUAUCAAUAUUGUUGUAUCUACCAAUUUCUAUUUCCAAUGAAUGUGCACUCAAUCUAAAUCUUGACAAAGAAGUUCGAUGACACUCGUUAUCAAUGGUAUCAAUAUAUUUUUCAAUUACAAAUUCCUUUUUAAAUUUUACAUAAUAUUCUAAUUUACUUUGUGAAUUAACAAUAUCAAACCAUUGCUGAACAGAUUGAUCUCUUAUUCUUUGUUUAAGCCUAGGGAAACAGCUUGUUUCAUUGUUAUAUUUUAACCAAAUAUUAC